CCUAUUGCUGGCGGCAGGUGGGAGGAGCACAUUCAACUGCUCAUUACAAUCUGCCGGGACAGACGAUUUCUGCCACAGCAACAAAACUGGGUGCCCUCCAUUGCAAAAGCUGCUUGUGGAUUAACUCUGAUUCUCAGGAGGUCCUAGGGAGCCUUUCACCGUGGAGCAGGGCCUGGCACAUCCCUGCAGGUAGGACCCCCUGCCUCAUCCGGCACACAAAGAGGGUGAAGUUCAGGCUGUUCGUACAUCCCAGCAUUUCCUAACCCUGAGAACCCAACCUUGGAACCUAAAUAACGUUCUUUUAAUGUGUUUUUUUACCAUGCUGUGCCCCACCUCACCUCACCUAGCCCUCCUGGCCUUGCUCUCUGUGGCUGGCGCUGUGGGUCCGGGGGAGCCAUGCCAGUCCGAGAUGAACCUGAUCAAGGACCAACUGCAGGUCAACUGCUCCAGGCAGGGGCUCAGCGUGGUGCCACCUGCCCUGCCCAAGAACACUGGCAUCCUGCUGCUCAGCACCAACCGCCUGGCGUCCGUCUCCACUGCCUCCUUCCAGCACCUCCCUGAGCUGGCUGAGCUGGACCUGUCAGGCAACGGACUGGGUGCGCUGCACACUGGGCCCCCCCUGCCCUUGCUGCAGGAGCUAGUCCUGUCCCACAAUGCCCUGGGGGUCCUGCCCACCCUGCAGGGCCUGCCUGCCCUCACCCGCCUGGCCCUGGCUCACAACAACAUUUCAGAGCUGCUGCCAGGGGCCUUCCGGGCUGUGGGGCAGCUGAAGGAUCUGAAUCUACGGGGGAACCAGCUGCGGACGCUGCCAGAAGAGGUCUUUGAGGGCCUGGCCGGGUUGAAGGACCUGGAUCUGUCUGAUAACGCCCUGGACGAGCUGCCACGGGGGCUGCUGACUGGGCUGGAGCUGGAGACACUGAGGCUGUCAGGGAACCAGCUCCGCACUCUGCCCAGCGGCUUCUUUCCCGAGGAGCACAUGUUCGCCUUCGUCUUCCUGGCAGGGAACCCCUGGCGCUGUGACUGUGGCCUGGCCUAUCUGCGGGGCUGGAUCGCGGACAAUGACUUCAGCGUCUACAUCGAGGAGCAGAGGUCAGAAGGGCUGCAGAUCAACAAUGAUCCCCGCAGCCCCAUGUGCGAUGCGCCCCUCAGACACCGAGGGAGCCCCGUCCUCGAGUUCAAGCAGGCCUGCGGCAAAGCAGGGGACGCAGACUUGGAUAUUGAUGGGACAAUGACAGAGGAGGGAACCCCUGUGCCCUCUGCUACUGUCCCCUCCACCAACCCCAUCUCCCACCAUCCUGAGCCAGCCAAUCUCCCACCCUGGGGCUGUAACAAAGCUGGCACCCCCUAGAAAGGAAAGGCCCCAUGUGCUACUCCCCACCCCCAUCAGCCUGCCAAUCUCCUGCCCUGAGGCGAGAUCGAAGCUGACACCCAUUAGAAAAGAAAGAGAAGAGAAAUCACAGAUGUCUUUGUGGAGAUGUGAGGAGUCUACAAUUUUUGUUUUAUUUUUCUUGUCUUUCAGUUUCAGAGCUAGAGCAUAUUACAGUCCAGGUUAUUAAAGGGCAUUGCUAUAGUGUAGGGUCACAUGCCAAAUCUGUCUCAAUGACACAAGAAGGGAUCUGGUUAGUUUAGCAGCCAAUGUCUGUAACCACACAACUCCUUGGAAGGAAAAGAAGGCUCAUAAUAUGAGAAGAGGAGAUCAGAUCAAAGAAUUAGCAACAAAACUUUUUCUGGCAUGAAAUAAAAAUGGAGACAGGAAGUAUUUUGUAGAAUCAGAUUUCAUUCAAAUUUUAGAAGAUAGUUUUCUCCAGUUCUAUGGGAGAAUGAGACUUCAUGAUUGAUACUUGUGUACACCACAAGGGACAUAAACCCACAGGUGGUUUCUCUAAUGUAGUGAUUAGCAUCUUGGUCUAACAUCUGACAGGUCCCUGGUUUGAAACAAAGCAGAGAUGAUACAUUUUCCUUAUUUUUUUUCAAUUGCUCUUGUUUUAAAUGUAGUCUAAUAUUUAAUGUUUUCCCAGCUCAUUGGGGUCAAAAAUCAUAUUCACAUAUGGGAAGUGUCACGGCUAUCCUAAAUGGAUGGACAAUACAUUAGUCCCUCUUGCUCAGCUUAUGCUUUUAUAGUGGCUGGUAGCAAGCUGAGUGAUCUUGAUCGGUGACUGUAGAUAAUGUUUCCUGGUCGUGUUCCCAUUUUGACAUUCUCAGAUGACCAACAUUCCCUAUCUUGGGAGGAAAUAAACUGCUAACAUUUGGACGUGAACUUGGAAACCCAGCCUUGAAUAACAGGAAGCUCAAGUUUGGAAUACAUUUUUACAAUUUGUAUAAGAUUCAAUAAUCCUUCAACCUAAUGUCACAAUAACUGAAAUUGCUUUAUCCUUAUAGUUUGCAUAGAAUAGAAAUAAAUAUGUCUUUAAAUAUAAAGGAGUCGAGUUAAA